AUGGCUUCAGAUUCAACUUCAACGACCUGCGUGCUUUACGUAUGGCCUGGGAAGUGGGAAUUAUCGUCUGUUGAACCAUCAUGUCUGGCAGCCGUCCUUCUUUUGCAGUUGACGAUUCCAGGCUACUUUGAAGUCGCAGAAUGUAGCAAUCCUGACGCAUCCCCCUCCGGUCAGCUUCCUUAUCUAACACACGGUCAUACCUCGGUGGCUUCAUUUCCAGCAAUUGUUUCGUAUGUGUUGUCAUUAGCCAAGUCUGGAACGGUUCCAGCUGUGGACCUCGACGCAUGGCUCGGUCCGGAGUUGAAGUCGAAGAAGGUUGCAUGGAUAUCACAUAUCGAGUCGCACUAUGGUGAUUUAGUGUCACAUAUGUUCUACUCAUCGGAUGCAAAUUACUGGGGUCUCACUAAUCCAACUCUUGGGUCGUUUCUGCCUGUUCCCUACAAGUACUUUGUUCCAGCACGUAUACGAGAAUCGUAUAAGCUCCGGCUUGAAGCAUCUGAGCUUUGGAAUCCCCUUCCGGAUAUCGAACAAGAGCAUACAAGUAAAUUUGCGAAGACGGAAAAGAAAGAUGAGAAAGAAGCUUCAAAAGAAGUGUUUGUUCGUGCUUUUGAACGUGACAAGGCAAGUUUGAGUGGCUAUGGUAGAGCGCCUCUAAUUACAUUAUACAGGUGGGCGAGAAAGCACGAUCCUUCUUCUCUCUCUAUAAGUCCACUUACGACGUUGGACGUUUAUCUGGCCGCCCACACUCUGUUGCUUCUGGAGCCACCCUUUCCGGACCCGCUAAUUCAAACGGUUCUGAAACAGUCUUUUCCCGAGCUCAUUGAACAUGCACAGUCUGUGCAGUUGAAGGCCAGUCACGGCCAUUUCAAGGUAGCAUCCCCUCAACGGAACACGCUGUCAUCCUUAACGCCCUUCGCGCAUAGCUUCAGUCAAGUUAGCAAAGAUCAGCAAAAGCCAAAGGAAAAUGAAGAGGAUGUACACUAUCGCAAAAUGAGAUGGCUCUGGGGCAGUCUUGCAUUGGCCAGUCUUGCCAUUCACUUAUUUUCGAGUGCGAUGAAGCUGAAAUUUAAAGCCACGGACGAUGAAGACGUGGAUGAAACUUGGGAAGCUGAAGGCGAUGAGGAGGGCCCUCUCGAGUUAGAGACAGAUGACGAGUAA